CGCGCGUGCGCAGCCGUAGCGUGGAGGGUCGAGGCAGAGCCGCGGAAUCGCCGCGAGAUCCGGUCUCGGUCCACGCUGCCCGUCGCGCCGCCCGUCGGCCAAUCCAGCGUCCGCCGCUACCGCAGCCAUGGGAGUGCAGGUGGAGACCAUCUCUCCCGGAGACGGGCGCACCUUCCCGAAGCGUGGCCAGACCUGCGUGGUGCACUACACGGGGAUGCUUGAAGAUGGAAAGAAAUUCGAUUCCUCCCGGGACAGAAACAAGCCCUUCAAGUUUGUGCUGGGCAAGCAGGAGGUGAUCCGAGGCUGGGAAGAAGGGGUUGCCCAGAUGAGCGUGGGUCAGAGAGCCAAGCUGACUAUCUCCCCAGACUAUGCCUACGGUGCCACUGGGCACCCAGGCAUCAUCCCACCAAAUGCCACUCUCAUCUUUGACGUGGAACUUCUAAAACUGGAAUGACAGGAGUGGCCUCCUCCCUGAGCUCCCCAUUCUUGGAUGUGCCACAGAAGGAUCUGGCGCCACCAGACGCACACAGCGAGUCCGUGUGGAGCUCUUCCCGACGUUCCACUACACUCUUUGUAUAAGCAUCUUCCCAGACUGAAUGUGUUCUGUCACCGGCUUUGCUCUUCCCCUUCUCCUCGUAUGUGUGUUGACCUGAACUAUAUGCCAUAAACCUCAAAUUACUCAGUUUGUUUUUGUUUUGGGGUGAAGAUUGAGUUUCAGUCCUUUGGAUCUAGGUUUCCAAUUAAGUAUUAGUCAAGUAUUAACAGCACAAGUAAUGGGUUAUCUUUAGACUAGGAAUUGGUGUGGGGGGGGGGGGUGCAAGAAUCUUUAUUUUAUUUUAUUUUUUUGGAUAAAAGUUUUAUCUAUUAUAUAUUAAACGUUCUUGCUGCUGCGCUGCAAAGCCAUAGCAGAUUCGAGGCGCUUUUGAGGGCCGAAUUACUCUCCAAGUUGAGAGAUGUCCUCGGGUUGAAUUGAAAGCCCUACCCAAAACUGCAGUGGGAAGAGGGAGAGCCUUUGCCUCCGCUGCCCCACCCUCACCCUCCUCGUAGACCCUCUGCCUUUUGAAAGCAGAUCGUUUUCACUGAGAUGUUGGACAUUGCAGAUGUCUGUUCCCCAGGCCAGCAGGGACCUCUGAAACCUUCAUGGCCUGGCCUUUUUUUUUUCCAUCCUGUGGUUUUUCUAAUGGAUAUCCAGGAUUUUUGUAAUCGCAUAGCUAUCCAAGCUCUACUUCCUAAAUUUUAAGAACUUUAAUCGAAAGUUAAAUUGAAGGUGCUGUUUGUAGACACUUAACACCCAUGAAAGCCCAGCCAUCAUGACAAAUCCUUGAGUGUUGUCUUAAGAAAAUGAUGCUGGUCAUCACAGCUUCAGCAUCUCCUGUUUUUUGAUGCUCAGCUCCCCCUGCUGAUCUCAGAGUUUCCUGGCUUCUCCUUGCCCCCUCUCACCCCUUUGCUGUCCUGUGUAGUGAUUUGGUGAGAGAAAUUGCUGCCUACUCCCCCAGCCUACCCCCACCCCCUGCACUACACAUGAGUUUCAAGUUUUAUUAUUGCAAUAAAAGUGCUUUAUGCUGGCUU